AUGAGCACGACUUUACGGCAUGUUCGCGCUCUCUCUCUGCAGAAACAACAGCGCACCGCUCUGAGAGCAUUGUUGACCACUCGAUCAAUCCGAAACGUAGUUCUAUUACUGGGUUUCGUCCUAUCGCUCAUUUGUUUCUACGCACUCAUACCUCGCUCCUUCGCCCACCUGGAACCUGUCGCAGCAGAUCAAGUAAUCGAAGAAAUAUUCAAAGAGGGCCAAGAAGUGCCAGUGGGCAAUGCGCGCUUUCAUCUCCUUGUACCAGCCACGAGCUCCAGCCUGGACCUGUGUAAAUUGAGCCUAUCCGCCCAGAUAUUGGACUAUCCCACUCCAGUACUCAUCAACUUCGGCCAUCCAGAAGACCCAGAUGGCUAUGUCCAGCAUCUAGCUAAACCACAAGGCAUCCUAGACUACCUCGACUCUAUCAGUGGUGCGGAUGGUCAAGGUCUCGUGGAUGAGGACUUGGUGCUGAUAGUUGACGGCUAUGAUGUCUGGAUGCAAUUGCGUCGAGAUGUGUUGAUCUCGAGAUAUUAUGAGAUCAAUAACGCUGCGGACGCGAGGACCAAGGCUCUAUAUGGCGACGAGACAUUCCGUAGUCAAGAUAUGAGGCAGGCGAUCAUCUUCGGGCCGGAUAAGAUUUGCUGGCCCAUUGACUUCAGUCGACCGGCCUGUUGGGCAGUACCGAGAGCAGCUCUGCCAGAGCAUGCCUUUGGCCCUCGAACGGACCAUGGCUCCGAAGAAUUUAACCUCCCGCGCUGGCUGAACUCAGGAACUAUCCUCGGGCCUGCUAGUGAUCUCCGAAGACUGUUCCAAGCAACGAUCGCCGAGAUUCAAAGGAACCACACCACAGACUCGGAUCAAUUCUACCUUGCGGAGCUGUUUGGGCGGCAGGAAUUUGCACGCCUACAGCAUCGACCAGACUUAUUGGACGAGAUGAGGAAGAUGCGUUACCCAGGCGAGGAAGAUCUGUAUGACGAUGAGUUAGAUAGGAAGACGUCCACUAGCUUCAUCGCGGGCAGCGACUCUGAGGAGCGCACCACUGAAUUCCACAUAGGAAUAGAUUACGAGAGUCGAAUCUUCCAAACCCUCGCCUUCUACAAACAAUUUCUCACCUGGACUCGAGCAUCAUCUGCCUGGCGAUCACGUACGACAUCUCACCCAAGCCUUCAAUACGAUGUUCAGCUGGCGGGGGAUAUUCUUCGAUCACCACCUCCGAUGCUCACGACGAACCACACCGACGGAAACGGCGAUCUUGCCCGUCCGUCAAAUUUCGCCCCUAUAUCUUCCUCGCCAUGGCAGGACGUCGACCUCCUCUACAACACCGCCACGGCCCAGCAUCCAGUCCUCCUUCACAUAGCUGGCGGACCUCGCGAAAAACCUUUCCGCGAAUACUGGUGGUCCAAACUCUGGUUUCAUGCUUCUGCUUCCCAGCUGCGACUGCAAGCCGUCGCUCGUCAUGGUGGCAGGCAAAUGGAUGCGCCGACACUUUUGAGCGGAGGCUACCGUUGGCGCAAUGCCGUCGGAUCAGCUGAAGCUCAAGAGCUGCCGGCGAGAGGGUACGGUGGGGCGUGGGUAGACCAUGCCGCGGGAUGGCUGAGCUGGAAGGGUCUAUGCGGCAGAUUUGAGGAGGAAGUUUAUCGGGCUCCUAGUGGCGGGCAGGAUUUCUUCCACCCGCGCGAGGGCGACGCAAGUGGAUAG